AUGUCACCUUCUCUAAAUAAUUCCCCCUCAAUCAAAAUCACUCACGUCAUCUUUGACCUGGACGGCCUGCUGGUGGACACUGAGGGGCGGUACGACGAGGCCUACACUAAAGUGGCUCGACGGUACGGAAAGGAGUACACCAUUGAGCUGAAACAAAAAGCCACCGGCCGACAUUUCCUCGACAGUGCCCAAAUAAUUGUCGACGAGCUGCAGCUGCCGUUGACUGCUGAAGAGGCAGAUCGAGAGUUUCAGGCCGCUUACGGCCCUCGGGUGAGCACGCUGAUGCCCGGCGCUGAACGCCUUGUCCGCCAUCUUCACUGUGCGGGCAUUCCAAUGGCCGUGGCGACGGGCAGUCCACGGGAAAGUUUCCGCUGGAAGACUGAACCGCACCAAGAGCUUUUCUCCCUCUUCAGCCACGUCCUCCUGGCAAGUGAAGACGAAGAAGUGGGCGGUCGGGGGAAACCCGAUCCGCAGCCGUUUCUCGUUUGUGCCUCUCGAUUCACGAGUCCACCUUUGCAAGACUACAGUUCGGUGCUCGUUUUUGAGGACGCAGAAGCGGGCGUGAUGGCCGCCAAUGCCGCCGGUUUGCGGUCAAUUUGGGUUCCUGAUUCGAGAACUUUNGACGAAGAAGUGGGCGGUCGGGGGAAACCCGAUCCGCAGCCGUUUCUCGUCUGUGCCUCUCGAUUCAAGAGUCCACCUGUGCAAGACUACAGUUCGGUGCUCGUUUUUGAGGACGCAGAGGCGGGCGUGAAGGCCGCCAAUGCCGCCGGUAUGCGCUCGAUCUGGGUUCCUGAUCCGAGAACUUCGGAGAAAGAAAAUGAGCGUGUGAGGCCGUACAAGAGACUAAACUCGUUGCUUGAUUUUGAGCCGACCGAGUUUGGCAUUCCGCCCUUUUAG